UCGGCCCCGUGCGCGUGGACGGCUUAUAAAUAGCCGGCCGUCCACUCUCACGCAUUUGGCCCCGCAGGUCUGCCUCUCAGAGCUUUAAACGCGCCUCUCAGACCCGUUUUCUUCCACUUGGCGGUGACGCAAGUUCGCAACAACUUGGCAAGCAAAGCUGCAGGAGGGGAAUAUGAAAGCUGAUCUGGAAGCGCCUCUGCCCGCCGCGCAGGGCGGCUCAGCGAUCCGGUGUCGUGACGUGUGCCGUUCAUACGGAAAGCUGAAGGUCCUCAGUAACCUGAACCUGACGGUGCCACAGGGACACAUCUAUGGCCUUCUGGGGCCCAGCGGAUGUGGGAAAACGACGCUGUUAAAGUGCAUUGUGGGAACCUUGAAAAUCUCUCGGGGUCACAUCACCGUGUUGGGGAAGCCACCUGCCUUUCCUGGUCAUGAAGUCCCAGGAAAAAUGGUCGGAUACAUGCCACAGGAUAUAGCGCUGUACAACGAGUUCACCAUCAGCGACACCCUGACUUUCUUUGGCCGAAUCCACGGCCUGACGUCAAAAGAGACCCAGGACCGCAUGAACUUCCUCAUCGACUUCCUGGAUCUACCCCAGAAGCAAAGCCUGGUUCGAAAUCUCAGUGGAGGCCAGCGGAGAAGAGUCUCUCUGGGAGCCGCUCUGCUGCAGAACCCAGAGCUGCUCAUCCUGGACGAGCCCACCGUGGGAGUGGACCCCGUCCUCAGGGCUAAGAUCUGGCAACAUCUGGUGGAGAUCGUCAAGACGGGAAAAACCUCUGUCAUCAUCACUACACACUAUAUAGAGGAGGCCCGACAAGCCAAUGUGGUUGGUCUCAUGCGAAAUGGACAUUUACUGGCAGAAGGUCCUCCAGAGGCCGUCAUGAAACUGCACAGUGCAACAACCCUGGAACAUGCAUUCCUGCAGCUGUGUGAGACGACAGACCAGAACGGUAUAAAACGGGGGUCCGGUCUGCAGAGUGGCGCUUUGGAGAGCAGCCAAUCGUUUGAAAGCGGGCGGGACGAGAGUGAACCAAUCCUGGGGAUUGGACAAGCAGUCACAGAUGAAGUCAAAUGUUCAGCGGACUGGAAGGCUCGGGCCCGGCACAUUCUGCCGAAGGGGAGAAACAUCGCCGCCCUGAUCAUCAAAACCAUCGUGCGGAUGAAGAGAAUGCCGGGCUCGCUGUGUUUCCAGUUCCUGCUGCCCGUCAUCCAGAUCUCUCUGAUCUGUCUGUGCGUCGGAGGAGACCCGAAGGGGAUCCAGGUUGCCGUGGUGAACAACGAGACGUCCCCCUCCUCUUUUAGCCAUUCUUUGCUCUCCUUCUUGGACAACUCCAGUGUGCGCCAGGUGCCCCUAUCUCACAAUGAAGCUUUUGAGGGGGUCUAUAAGGGAGAGUACUGGGGUGUCAUUGGCUUUGGAAAGAACUUCACCAGCUACCUCACCAAACGGAUGCUUCAGCGGCAAGUUUCAAAAGAAGUAAUCGAUGGCGGCUCUGUGCAUGUCUGGCUGGACCUGACAAAUCGGCAAGUUGCCCUCAUGCUCCAGCAGAAGCUACACGAGGCUUUUCAGGCGUUUGUGGACAAUAAGAUGGGAAGCAUGUCAUACCUAGCUGCCCUGCCAAUACAGUUUGAGGAGCCAAUCUAUGGAAGCCUGAACACAGACUUCACCACGUUUGUGACCCCUGGAGCUGUGCUCAGUAUCACCUUCUACCUGGCUGUGGGUCUGACAGCACUCUCCUUCGUCCUGGAGAGGAAGGAGGGCCUUUUGGACAGGUGUUGGGUCGCAGGCGUGAGCUCCAUGGAGACGAUGCUGGCCCAUCUCCUCUCCCAGCUGCUGGUCAUCAGCGUCCAGAUCAUCCUCAUGCUCCUCUUCAUCCUGCUGGUCUUCAAGAAUCCAAACGAAGGCUCCCUGGUCCUGGUGGUGGUCCUGAUCGUGCUGCAGGGCAUCAGCGGCAUCUCCUUCGGCCUCGUCAUCUCGGCCGCCAUCGACGACGAGCAGAGCGCCAACCAGGCCGCCCUGGGAAUCUUCUACCCCAACCUCAUCCUCAGCGGCAUCAUCUGGCCCGUGGAGUGCAUCCCGUACCCGCUCCGCUACCUCAGCCUGGUCCUCCCCCAGACCUACGCCUCCGAGGCCCUGCGCUGCAUCAUGUACAGAGGAUGGGGCCUGACUCAGAUGAUGGUUUGGCGGGGCUUCGCCGUGACCAUGGGCUGGAACGCUUUCUUCCUCAUCCUGGCCACGGUCAUCUUGAAGCUGAGGACGUGACAGCCUCACCACCAGAGGACGGAGCGGCCGGGGGGUGUCCAGGAGCCAACACCUCCCCUGGGUCACCUGCCUGCAGCCGGACGACAGAAAGCGAGAGAGAACGAGGCGUUAGCGGUGGCGUUAGCCAUCGUAUUAUCUCUCUCACCCACCCAGUCACUCACAUUCACUCCCGUUGUCCCCGACAGGCUGUCUGUGUAUUCCUGCAAAAACGCCAGAACAGUGUGUAGUCCCGCAGGUUGUUUCACUGCUGUCUGCAGCCUCGUGAAACCUUUCACCCCCUACGAGGCCACGAACCAACUCAGGAUCACUUUUAAAUGUUUGUCUGUAGUGUUCACGCAGGGAGAGAUUCUUUUUUUGUUUUUCUCUUUAUUUGACUUUUCUCCUUUUGGGAUAGAAAAGGAACCAUUUAGCUGAAAGACACUUGAUGAUUUUGCCAUUUCCUUAAGAUUUGACGUUAAUGAAAAAGUACAAGUUGACCUACAAAAAAGAAGUUUUAGCACAAGAAAAAGAUGCUAUUAUGUAAGUUUCCUGCGCAGAAAACGUUUGCUGCACAAUGUUGUGGGAGCGAGGGUUAAAAGUGAUGAUUGCUCAGAAGAUGAUCACCCAUUCCGGUUUCUCACAGCAUCUCUAUCGUUGCUUGCUUGUGAUAUUUGUGUUGAUUUAACAUCCUGUGUCAUUAUGACAGGAUGUGGUAACUCUGUUAUUUGGCUGUUACCAGGUGCUCUGAUGUCUCAUCCUCAUUCAUGUUGAUCUUCUCCACAACUUUGUGCCUGGAUCUCAAAUGGGAGAAAGUUGGUGAUGGGGACGUUCCUUUAUCGUAUCUUUAUAUGUUUGAUUUCUCUCUACUUUGCUGGCCAGAGUGGAGGCUGUCAGAUCGAUUUCUGAUCACAGAUCAGGCGUAUCGUACUCCCAAAGUUGCCUGCACUCCGACAUUUAAAACAGCCGAAACUCUAUGACUUUUCUACGAACAGUCGUACAAACUGAAAGCACAAACGAGUAAAGCUGUCUGGAUUCAACCUGGCACAGAGACGGUGUCAGUGCUGAGAGGACAAACAUGAAAAAUCAAAGCAAAGUUCACAACCGUUGAAGCUGAUUUAUAGCGGCUGUUUGUUUAUCUUCCUCUUGAUUUUUCACAUGCUUCUGUUCUGAAAAGAGUCACAUAUAAGGGUGCUUUAACGUGUCUCUGAAGAUAUUUUUUUUUUAAUGGAGAUAUAUUUUUAUCUGUAUUGUGUAUAAAUAAGUGUUGAACAACGUGUAAAAUGCAAAACGAGACGAUUUGAAAAGGCUAAUGUGAUCAAAUCCGAAAGAGUUUGAGCUCCAUUUAUUCCUCCACUUCUUAUUGAAUGGAACCAGGAUGUACUUAACUCUAAGCUAGCCAGUACACUGACUCAUUUAACUACAUAUAUUCUGCCUGCAAAUAAAAAAAACAGCAGAAGUAAUCUAAACUUAUUUUCAAAUGUAAAAAUCUCUCGAAAGAAGCAUCAGACCAGCAUGAGAUAUUGUGCCAUUUAAAAUGUUUACAUGUAUCAAAGCUAAAUGAAUCUUAUUUUUGUGUUUAUUUCCGCUCAGCUGUAGAUUUAAAAACACAUACCUGCAUGUCUGCUGUACAUUCGUCCUGUUCCUGCUGCACAUUUUGAGGAACAUUGUACGGUCGAAGACCUCCUGCUCUCAUACAAUCAUCAGGCUUCUUGCAUAUGCUCUAUUUAUAACCCAUGAGCCUCACUCGGCUCCCAUCACCUGAUAGUUUAUCUUUAUUAAACUGCCGUAGAGUGGUAGACUGUCUGGUUAGAGUGGUACGUUGUCUCUACGUUUUGGCAUUAUUAGCUUGUUUUGUUUUUACGUUUUGCUGCCAAAAGCUGUAUUUUAUCUGUGUAAGACUGGUGACGCCUGUCCAAGUGUGCUCUGUUUUCACUGAAUAUCCUCAUGUCACGGACCCGCUCCUCAGUGGAGGACACAUUCAAAGCACGAGCUGCAGUUUUUCCUGCUGAAUGUAACGUGAAUUUGAUGUCUUUCGGCCGAGGAGUUGCAGCCUGUGUAAACAUUGGUUUCUUUUGCCAGAGUGAAUUACAUCCAACAUGUUCCAGUCGACUACCUCCACCGUGUCUCCCUGAAGGGCGUGUGAAGCAUUGUGUUGUGACUUGUGUGCACUGUGAUGGCAGACAUGCUUCAAUGAAGUUCAAUUAAUUUCUUCUAAAACAAUAAACUUCGCUGAA